GCGGACGACACAGGGGGCCAUCGUGCAACGUCAGAAUCCCCAUAAAAGGGCGGACGCACCACUCUCACUCCUCCUCUUCACUCACAACACGGUUCCCUUUGGAGAUAUCGAUAGAGGGAGCAGCAAAUGCCUUGGUCUGUCUUCCGCAGACCCACAGUAUCAGCCACCAUCACCACAACCUGUCUCGUCGCGCUCGUCGCUGCCGGUGUAUCACACUACGCUUUUCGCUCCACAACGAGCGCUAUCACGGCCACUAGCGCAGUACGCACGUUCUCGUCUCCAGCGACCGGUAUGGCAAAGUUCCGGGUGAGGAAGAGUGACGAGAGGGGACAUGCCGACCAUGGAUGGCUUGACAGUUACCACACCUUCUCGUUUGCAAACUACUACGACCCCAAACACGUCGAGUUCGGCCCGUUGCGUGUGUUGAACGAGGACCGAGUCACGCCGCGGAACGGGUUCGGGUCCCACCCGCAUAAGGAGUUUGAGAUCUUCUCGUACAUCGUCUCCGGCGCUCUCGAGCACAAGGACUCGCUUGGCAACAUCGAAACCCUCCCCCGCGGCACCAUCCAGCACACCUCGGCGGGCACGGGCCUCUCGCACUCCGAAUACAACGCGCCCGGCUCCACGGCCGUGUGCCAUUUUCUCCAACUGUGGCUCAAACCGCACACGUCAGGGUUGUCCCCCUCAUACGUGACGAAGGAGUUCAGCGAUGCGCAGAAGGAGGGGAGGUUGCUGCCCGUGCUCUACCCGCACCCGUCGGUCGGCAAGGCGAGCGGGUUGAUCAGGAAUGUUGGGGACGUGGACACGGACUCGUUGAUCCCCACGCAUGCCGACGCCUUCAUGUUUGCGAGCAUCCUUAGACCCGGCGACGCGGCCGUGGAGCACAGGCCCGUCGGAGCGGGACGCCGGUUUUAUGUGCAUGUGAUUAUGAGGAGGACGGGGGGCAGUUUGGUGGUGAAUGGCGGGGACGUGGUGUUGGGCGAGGGGGAUGGGGUGUUUGUGACGGAUGUGCAUGAGAAGGAACCGGUAAGGUUUGAGAGUAGGGGUGGGGUGGUGGAGUUUGUGUUGCUGGAUUUGGCUUAGGGUGUUAGAGUAGAGCGUAGAAAGUUUUUGUUUUGUCUUGCUUUCGGCAUUGGAUGU